AUGGCUGAACAAAGGCAGCGUGCUUUAUCUACAUCAGGACAAGCGCUCUACGAACUUCUGGGUCUUGAGAAGGGGGCAUCCCAUGAAGAAAUCAAGAAAUGUUACAGGAAGUUGGCCCUGAAAUAUCAUCCUGACAAGAACCCCGAUAACCCAGAGGCUGCAGAAAAGUUUAAAGAAAUCAAUAACGCUCAUGCUAUACUAACUGAUGGCUCCAAAAGAAACAUAUAUGACCAAUAUGGAUCACUAGGGCUUUACAUCGCUGAACAGUUUGGUGAAGAAAACGUCAAUACAUACUUCAUGCUUUCGAGUUGGUGGGCAAAGGGCCUGUUUGCAAUCUGUGGCCUUUUGACCGGCUGUUACUUUUGCUGUUGCUUGUGCUGCUGUUUCAACUGCUGCUGUGGAAAGUGCAAGCCUAAGGCACCAGAAGAAGAUCAAGAAUUCUGCUUGUCUCCAGAGGAUCUAGAAGAGCAAAUUAAGACAGACAUGGAAAGAGAUGGGGAAACUCCAAUUCUGCUUCAGCCGACAAAUGCAACUGAGAAAACCCAGCUUAUUGGAGACAGUCGUCGCAGCUACCACACCGAUUCAUAAACUAGAAGCCAUUGGAGUCUGGUGGUCACCAAAGAAGUUAUGGAUUGUAAAGUACUGUUACAACAUUUUCAUAUAUGGCACUAGGACUGCUGCACUCCUAUGCAUACUUUGGUGGAAAUAAAUCCCACUGAAGUCAGUUGAGACCAGCUUCUGAGAGAACACGCAUAGGAUAACACAGUAAGAGCGUAUCUGAGCAAAUCAGGUGUGUUUCUGUACAUAAAUGCAAGGAAUAUAAAGUGGGAAAGAACCAUUUUUUAAAAUGAAGAUGCGUGCUAGAGAUAUCAGACAUAUAGAAAGCUGUUCUAGUGUCAUGUGUGAAAAUGUCCCUAGUCUUCUGCAUAAUUGCACCUGAUUUGUACUUUAAACAGAGGACAUAGUUUCUUAUUUAAUCCUAGGAGUGUUAGAAUUUACGGCUCAUCCAGACUUCCAUUUGCCCUGCUGCUUCCCCUGAGAAAACAAACAAAAGUGUGGUGAGCCCUUGGUAGACCUGUCAGAUUCUUUCUGUAGUACAGGACUUAUGAGCCUUAGUGUACCCCCCCCUCAAAAAAACAGAACCCUAAAAUCUUUUCAGAGCCAUGGUACAUUUCCCUCCAUCCUUUUAGUUACUGGGAAGAGGAACCAUUGUUCCAUUUGGUGAAUAUAUGUAUGUGUAAAGCGAGAUGCAAGGCUUAAAUGAUCUUCUCAUCCAUGGAAGAUCAUUGUUUGAUUCUAUCAGCUCCUUAGAAGAAGAACUAGGCACCAAUUCAAGUAAUACAUAAAACUGCUUUCAGGUCUGCUGGGGUUCAGUUCCAAGCAAGAAUUGACUUUAUUUACUAUCCAGUUAGAGACUCCCAGUAGACACUGGCAACUGUAAAUAGUUCAAAGAUUGUUGUAUUUCUCUUCACCAGUUGAAAAGCCUGCUCCAUAUCCAUGCAUCGUCCAUCGAUGGAUCAGCAGGCUACCUUUCAGCACAAGCCAUCUUUAUUGCAAAAUAAAUUGCAACUAGCAAUCCAUAGUUUUCAACCCUGUAUUCACACUUGAUGCAUGCAUGGCAAAUGGGAAGUACGGUAACAUAACUUACACAUACACAGCUGUGCUCACAAAAACAUCCAUGCAGCCCGAUCUGAAGUGUGUUUACUUAGAAGUUGAAUUGUAGUUACUCCCAGAUAAGUGUUCAUAAGUACACAGCCUGAUCCCCCUAUUCUGCAUAAUCUAUCAAUUUCCAUUUAUCUUAUGUAUGUGAGCAGUCCCUGUCGUUAAUGGUUUUGUUUUACCCUAGGACCUAAUAGGUGAUUAAGGGCUUCAUGUUCCUUAAAGACUGAAAUUCUCUAGCCAUGUCAUAACCUUCAGAUAGCGAAAAGGACAAAAAAGCAAAACAAAACCCAUGUUGCCUGGAGAUAGUGAGAAACCUGGUAAAGAGGCCAUUCCUGGAGCAUCCUACUCCUUAGGGAAUGGGGUUGAACCAGCCCUGCUUCUAUAACCUAUAUGUAAGAAUGCAAACAAGCACUGUUUAAUUGUGACCUGAUAGCUGAGUUUUAUUUUGCAAUAGAAGAAUAUGUAGUUCAGUGUACAUACAGAUGUGUCAGUUGAGAGCUGGACUGUGCAUGCAUGGAAGAAGAGCAUAGAAGCAAGUGUUUCAGUUGAUGAAUGCAGACACAAUCAUGGCUACAACCUUAUGCACACUUAAAACUAAGAAUUUACUUGUGAAUUUGGUGAGACUGGCAUCCAAGUAAAAUGUGCACAGGAUUAGACUGGAAACUUUGUUAUUCAUCUGAAGAAUGGAAGGAAACCAGAACAGGAAAAAGGCCAGAAUACUACCUUGAGAACAAAUAUAGUGAUAAGUGUGGAACCAAUCAGUUGUUACAGUUGCAGUCUUAUCGUUUGUAAGAGGUCAAGAAUAGGAUGCAUUUUAGAUAUUCUAAACUCAGUAUUUGAUAUGUUAGUAGUUAUUUAGCAACAUCAUUUAUCAUUCAUCACAUAGCUUGGCUUGUUUGUUAAUCAUCUGUGUUGAUGUGUUCACUAUUUCAGAAGCACAUCAAGUGACUGGUAACAAAUGAACCUUGCAUAACUGGAAAUAUAAAACAAGUUGUCUCCAUUACAUUACUCUAUACUUCUGAAUUUGUUGCUGUACUCAUUUCAGAAUGUACUAUGUACACUAAUGUUGACUUGCUGUCCAAUAUAUAACAUGAACAAUAAAGAUUGUAAGUGUUACACAUGCACCAACUGUUCUUUCCCCCUGCUAGGAAACAUAUUAAAUAUACUUAU